AUGAGGUCUCAUACUGGGGAGAAGCCAUAUGUUUGCACACUGUGUGACAUUUCUUUUGCUGACUCAACUCAUUUUAAAAGGCACAUGAGAACUCAUUCUGGAGAAAGGCCUUAUGCAUGCGUGGAAUGUCCCAGUCGGUUUUCCUAUGCAUGUCAUCUCAAAAUACACAUGAGGACUCAUACAGGAGAGAAGCCGUUUGCUUGCACUGUAUGUCAGGCUACCUUUAGACACUCUGGUCAUCUCAAAGCACAUAUGAGAACUCAUACAGGAGAGAAACCAUACACUUGCGAGGAAUGUCAGCAAAGGUUUUCUAACUUUGACAUUUUAAAAAAACACAUUAGGAUUCAUACAGGAGAGAAACCGUAUGCUUGCAAUGAAUGUUCACGUGCUUUUGCCCAGAAAAUUGGUCUCAAAUUGCACAUGAAAGUUCAUACGGGAGAAAAGCCAUAUACUUGUAAUGAAUGUCAAAGUAGUUUUUAUAGUUCAAGUCAUCUGAAAAGGCAUAUGAGAGUCCACACCGGAGAGAAGCCUUACAAAUGCAGUGAAUGUCAUAUGAGUUUUUCCCAGUCACAUGGUCUAAAAGGUCACAUGAGAAAGCAUAUGUAA